AUGUACUUCAGUCUGCUCGUCUGGUUGACAUCUUGCAUGAUUGCCGCCACCUUGGUCUUGUUGUGCCCAGAAUUUCAUAGUCGGCAGAGGUUCAACAAAUGGAGGGAAACAACCCCCAAGAAAAUCCCCAAGAAAAACAAAAAGAGGACGAAGAUGAUGAACAUUAUGGGAAGAGGGACAGCCGAUGAAGUCAGGGAAGCAGAGUACGAAUCCUUGAAGUGUACAAUAUCUAUCCAGUUUCAAUUCACUUGCGUUGUUCAAAUCAAGCCCGGUACUCUAACGCUGACCAUGCAGAUGCCUCGCCGUUUGAAGCAAGAAUACUACUAUCGGAUCUAUAGCCCGGAGCGCUGUCAAACUCAGCCCAAAUUCCGUUUUGAUGUUAAUCCUGGGCACGUUGAUAAAAGGGACAGCUUACUCGAAGCUUCAAAGAACCUUGCUGACGGUCUUCCUUUUUUGAAGCCAUAUAAUGGGUAUCGCUCACACAGUGGUGACGUGAGAAAUUCUAUCACAUACGGCCAACAGAAGCCAUGCGCUGUGCUGUGCUCUGAUUCAGCAUGCUGGAGCAGUGGGCGUAUUGCUGGUCCUGCAAUAAUCAAGGCAGCCAGAAGGCUGGGAUCACGUGUGAGCGACUCUUGUGCGGAUGUCGACGAAUUUACAAUCGAGAUGGCGAGAAACCGGGGCACUGAUUUUGCGGGCUACGCCGAGGACGCCCUGGCUAGAUACAAAGUCGAUGCUAACAGAGGCGCCACUAGCAAGAAGAGGAGAAAGAGGAUCAGGUGGGAAACGACAGCCGCUGGUCUUUUUGAUCGAGUGGUGGCGGAUGAGGGCCAUAUGUUAAAAGCCAUAUCCACUCGCGUCCAUCAGUCGGUGGCGCGCCUCCAGGCUCGACCUUUUUGA